AUGAACUUCACAUGGUUUGCAAAAACAGCCGCCACAACUGCAUUUCUCGGGAGGCUCGGAGAUCUUUCGUUAGCAGGAGCCAAGUUGAGUUUUACCUUCGCAAACGUGACAGGAUUCUCAGUCUUAAACGGUCUCAGUGGUGCUAUGGAACCUAUUUGUGGACAAGCAUUUGGAGCCAAGAAUCAUAAGUUACUUCACAAGACCCUUGUCAUGUCAACUUCUUUUUUACUACUUGUCUCAAUUCCUAUCUCUUUCUUGUGGCUUAACGUGGACAAAAUCCUCAUAACAUGUGGCCAGCAAAAUGACAUUUCUACGGUAGCUAAGAAAUAUCUAAUUUAUCUCCUCCCUGAUUUAGCAGUCACAUCAUUUUUGUGUCCACUAAAGGCUUACUUGAGCACCCAAAAUGUUACAAUACCAAUUAUGUUAAGCUCAACUCUAGCUGUUGCUCUGCAUAUACCGAUUACUAUGUUACUUUCAUUGACUAAAGGGCUAGAAGUAAUUUCCAUGGCAUAUUGGAUAACAGACUUAAUAAUCAUGAUUCUUUUGGCUAUUUAUGUAAUGAUAGUAGAGAAUAGAAAGGGAGGGGAAUGGAAAGAAGGAGGCUGGUGGGAACAGGGGAUUCUUGAUUGGGUCAGAUUGCUUAAACUCUGUGGACCAUGUUGUCUUACUACUUGUCUUGAAUGGUGGUGUUAUGAGAUAUUGGUUUUGUUCACAGGGCGUCUCCCUAAUGCUAAACAAGCAGUUGGGAUUAUAGCCAUUGUAUUGAACUUUGAUUAUUUGCUCUUCUCUGUUAUGCUCUCGCUCGCGACAUGUGCGUCCGUUCACGUAUCCAACGAGCUCGGGGCAGAUAGUCCUGCCCCUGCUUACCGGGCAGCAUAUGUGUCAUUAGGCUUGAGUAUUAUUUUUGGGUUUCUAGGUGGCUCUGUAAUGGCAUGGGCAAGAGGAAUUCGGGGUCCUUUGUUUAGUCAUGACAAAGGGAUAAUAAGAGGAGUGAAGAAGAUCAUGUUGCUAAUGGCGUUAAUUGUAGUUGUUAACUUUCCUUUAGCAGUUUGUGGAGGAAUUGUUCGUGGAACAGCACGGCCUUGGCUAGGGAUAUACGCUAAUAUCGGUGGAUUUUACUUGUUGGCCUUGCCGUUGGGAGUAAUUUUGGCAUUCAAAGUUCAUCUUGGGCUUGUAGGUCUGUUAACAGGGUUUAUGGUUGGAGUAGUUAUUUGCUUGGCCUUGUUGUUGGUGUUUGUUGCUAGAAUUGAUUGGGUUGGAGAAGCUAAAAAAGCACAUAUGUUAGCCUGCAAUCAAGAAGAAGUUGCUGAUGAUCGGAAAAAUUCGUCCAUGGCUACGGAAAAUGGCUCAUGCUGAUAGAGGCCAACCUAGAAUAUUAGGAAUGGGUUCAAGUUUAUUGUCACGACUAUACUACUAUAAUACGUUAAGUAGUUUAAAUGCUGAAUCUCUCAUCCUCAUGACUAAAGUCACGCCUAACCUAUAAUAAUUGUCAUAAAAUAUAUCAAUCAUAAUAGGAAACUAAAGUUUGAGUA